CAGAGGAGUUGGAGGAGGACAGAAGGGAGAUGGGUAUGUUGGAGGAGAAAGAGAAGGAAAAGGAAGUAGUACUGAUGUGGGGCUAUCUUCCCGGAGUAUCUGCUGAGAGAUCGCCAUUAUUGAACCCGGUUCCCGUUCGCCGGCCAGAAUCCGCCGCCGGGGAUGCGUGGAGGGACGUGUCCGGGGGUGGAUGCGGCUUCGCUAUGGCCAUUUCGGAAUCAGGUAAGCUCAUCACAUGGGGAUCUACGGAUGAUAUGGGCCAGAGCUACCUUACUUCAGGAAAGCACGAGGAAAUUCCAGAAGCAUUUCCUCUUCCUGGUGAAGUAAAGAUAGUGAAAGCAGCUGCAGGAUGGGCUCACUGUGUUGCAAUUACAGCAUGUGGGGAAGUGUACACAUGGGGCUGGAAAGAGUGUGUUCCAGCUGGGAAGGUGAUUGGAGAACAACCUGCUAUUGGGACUUUAGCGAAGGAUGACAGACAAAGUCCUUUUAUGAAUGAGCAAGUGAGCCCAACAUCACAUGCCUCUCGGGCAAAUAGCGGAACAAUAGCUAAUUAUGAAGGUAAGGGCAGCGAGGAAAGCUUAAAGCGCAGAAGGUUAUCUUCAGCUAAACAAGGUCCUGAGAGCUCAUCACCAAGCGAUGAAACUCUUUCAUCACUUCCCUGCCUUGUAACACUUGCUGUAGGGGUGAAGAUUACAGCAGUAGCUGCCGGUGGUCGUCAUACUCUCGCAUUGUCAGAUGUUGGUCAAGUGUGGGGUUGGGGAUAUGGAGGUGAAGGCCAACUGGGUUUGGGUUCUCGAACACGCAUGGUUUCUUCCCCUCAUCUUGUACCAUGCAUUGAGCCAGCUGCUUAUGUUAAAGAUAGAGCUUCAGCUUCCUGUAAAGGAAAUACGAGUUCAGACGGUCAUUCUUGCCGGGUUAUUGGAAGCUCUGUUAAGGCCAUUGCAUGUGGAGGUCGUCAUAGUGCAGUAGUAACAGAUAGUGGUGCGGUACUUACGUUUGGUUGGGGGCUAUAUGGACAGUGCGGACAUGGGUCCACAGAUGAUGAAUUCAGUCCAAAAUGUGUAUCUUCUCUUUUGGGCAUCAGAAUGCUUGGAAUUGCCUCUGGUUUAUGGCACACACUCUGCAUUUCAGCUGAUGGUGGUGUCUAUGCAUUCGGUGGAAAUCAGUUUGGGCAGCUAGGAACUGGUCUAGAUCAAGCAGAGACACUUCCCAAGCUAUUGGAUGCCCCAUCAUUAGAGAUUAAGAAUGCUAAAAUAGUUUCCUGUGGUGCUCGGCACAGUGCCAUAGUUACAGAGGAUAGCAGUGUUUUUUGCUGGGGGUGGAACAAAUAUGGCCAGCUCGGCCUCGGUGAUUCUAUCGACCGGAACAUACCAUCUCUGGUGCCAAUUGAGAACCUCCGUGUGAUGAAUGUUUCUUGCGGGUGGUGGCAUACUCUUGCGCUCGCACAUUCUCCUACUUGAAUAUCAGAUUCCUCAUUGCGCGCGCAAUUGCAGCUGCAAUUUUGUUAGAUUUUUAGGUAGAUUUUAAAUGAAGCAUUGUGCAAAUUCGGCCUUGUUAUGUAUAAUAGAAUAUUUGCAUCCAUUCUUUCUUUUUUUUUUGUUAUAUAAACAUAAUGGUGAUGUACCAUUUUCCUUUUUUGACAAA